AAGCAGCAUUCAUUUCUACAGAGAACCCUGAAAGCAGCAUUCAUUUCUACAGAGAAACCUGAAAGCAGCAUUCAGAUACGACUUGAGGGCUGAGAAGGACGAUGAAAACAAAGACGGACAUCCAGCCAAAAUAGCUUAGCUUCAAGUGAAAGUGAGCGUUCAGAACCAUGGAGGCCCGCUUUGGGAAUAUUCUGUUCAGCUCCAAGUUCGACUCGGGCAACUUGGCGCGCGUGGAGAAGGUGGAGAAGGGCAGCUCGAGCCCCCCCGGCGAUGUAGCUCCCGGCGGGAGUGUCCUCUGCGGGUCAAACUUUACCCCCGACUAUGAGUUCAACGUGUGGACGCAGCCAGACUGCGGGGGCACAGAACACGAGAAUGGAAACCGGUCGUGGUUUCACUUUAGCGUUCGGGGUGCCGCGGCUGGAAAGACACUGAAGAUCAAUGUGAUGAACAUGAACAACCAGAGGAAGCUCUACAGCCAGGGAAUGGCUCCCCUCGUGCGCACUUUACCCGGGAAGAGCCGCUGGGAAAGGGUCCGGGACAGACCCACGGCUGAGAUUGUGGAGGGCCAGUUCAUCCUCUCCUUCUCCCACCGGCUGUCGGAAGUGCGAGGAGCGACCACCUACUUCUCCUUCUGCUUCCCCUUCUCCUACAGCGAGUGCCAGGAGAUGAUGCAGCGGUUUGACAAAAGCCACCCUAAUGCUGCCCAACUCAGUCCCAGCAGUGCCCCGGACAGUGUGUAUUAUCAUAGGGAGUUGUUAUGCCACUCGCUGGAUGGCAAUAGGGUGGAUCUGAUCACUGUGACCAACUGCAACAGAAUGCAUGAGGAGAGAGAAACCCGUCUGCCCAAGCUGUUCCCCGACGGCAACACGCCAAGACCUCACCGCUUCCCCGGCAAACGGGUUUUUUUCCUGAGCAGUCGGGUGCACCCCGGGGAGACUCCCUCAUCCUUCGUGUUCAACGGCUUCCUCAGCUUCAUCCUGAGAAAAGACGACCCUCGGGCUCACGCGCUGCGGAACACGUUUGUUUUCAAGCUCAUCCCCAUGCUCAACCCGGACGGGGUCAUUCGUGGGCACUACAGGACUGAUUCCAGAGGUGUGAACUUGAACAGACAGUACCUGAACCCCAGCCCUGAGCUGCAUCCCUCCAUCUAUGCAGCCAAAACACUUUUACUCUACCACCACACAAACAACCGCCUGCACAACGCGCAGUCCAUCGCUCACUGCAAUAGCCCCCCGCGCACGGAGACCCCGCCCCUCGGCAUCAAACUCGCCAAUCAGCAUCAGUCUCCUCCCUUCACCUCGCUCGAAGUCAGCCUGAACCAACGGAAUGCAGAGAAUGACAAGAGCCCACCGGACGUUUCCAUGGCGAUGGAGGAAAACGUCUGGGCCUCCUCGGGGACGGGGAGGGGGGACCAAAACAGCUCAUCGAGCUCCUCUGAGACUGUAGCUCCUGUUGCUGAGGAGGUAACGGCCCCAGAGGCGGGGGUACAGCAGUCUAUUCCGCCCCAUGGGGGGGGGGUGGCAUAUUAUGUGGAUCUACAUGGCCACGCUUCUAAACGGGGCUGCUUCAUGUAUGGAAAUAACCUCCCGGAUGAGAGCCAGCAGGUAGAGAACAUGCUGUAUCCCAGGCUGAUCGCUGUGAACUCGGCCCACUUUGACUUUCUGGGCUGCAACUUCUCCGAGAAAAACAUGUAUGCGCGAGACAAGAGGGAUGGGCAGUCCAAGGAAGGCAGCGGGCGGGUGGCCGUUCACAAGGCCCUGGGGCUGCUUCACAGCUACACUUUAGAGUGCAACUACAACACAGGAAAAACCAUGAACACCAUCCCACCGGCUUGCCACGACAACGGACGAGCAACCCCACCUCCGCCCCCAUCCUUUCCUCCGAAAUACACUCCGGAGAUAUUUGAGCAGGUGGGCCGCGCCGUGGCCAUCUCCGCCCUGGACAUGGCCGAGUGUAACCCCUGGCCCCGGCUGGUGCUGUCCGAGCACAGCUGCCUCAUGAACCUUCGCGCUUGGAUCCUCAAGCACGUCCGCAACACCAAAGGCCUGAACGCGACGCACGCCCACGCUCAUCCUCCGCCGAGGACACACCACAACGGCAGCAAGGCGUCCCCGCCAAAGACCUUCAACCACUGCUUGUCCGCCUCGGCGUCGGAGAACACGCUCAGCCGCAGCGUUCGCUGCAACAGCCACAGCGGCAGCGGCCAGACGCCCUCCCCCAAGAUGCACACCUCCCCGAGCUUCACCUUCGGCUGCGCCCCACCCCGGACGCACACACAGCACAAUGGCACGCACGCCGGCGGACGGGGAGGGAACAAGACGCUCGGGCCGGUCAGGGACCCUAAGCCCCAGGAGAGGAGACGCCCACCCCACCUCCGCUCCGUCCCGCGUUCUCCCAGCAACAGCCACGCGCCCUCCCUCCCCCCGCUCUCUCCCCCUUCCUCCUCCUCCUCCUCCUCCUCGUCCUCCGUGUGCGCAGCGGACCCCCGUCCCCUCCCGGCCUCCGUCACCGUGACAGGCCUCAGCUGUCCAGAUUUUCAGGCCGGAAACCCCAGUUCAGCGGGCCGGUCCGGGAUGCCUUUUCCCGGGCGGCGUGAAGGCGGCGGCGGCUGCCGGACCCGUACGGUCGCUCGUCACCAAGCAGAAGCCCGCACAGAGACUGCUAACCACUGGGGGCCGGAACAUAUCCUGUCCUCCAUCAAAAUGAGCAAGUAUGAGCUGCAACCUCACGUGAGCCGCAUCCCCGUUCGGAGGGCGGCUUCCACCGAAGCCGCCCAUCCUGCACAUGGCAGUAAAAACCCCCCGACCUGCAUUGACCCACUUUCACCUGGAGAAAAGGAGGAUUCAGCCACCAUGAGGCUGUGGAAGCUGCUCAGACCGGGCCUCCAUCGACACCUGUCAGUAUGUGCACCGCCCGUGUCACCGGUUAACACCGCGCGUGUAUCAGGGGAGGAGGGGGCCAAGCCGCUGCCUUCUGAAGCACUGAUGAAGGAAGGCCCAGGAAGGAGUCUCCACCACGGAGGAGACGCUAUUACAGAAAGGGCCCACGAAGAGGAGGGAGCAGUGCAACAGGUGACAACAAACACACAUCGCUUGUCAAGUAGCGCUAAUUCGCAGACGGAUGCUGAACAUGAAUGAACAGCAAUGUGUACACCUUGUUGUCUUUGAAGCUUGAGGGAACUCCAGCAAUGCUCCUACCUGAGACUGUGAGCUUGUGCGGAGAAGCCUAGCAGCUACACAGAAGAGGAACCAGCCGCGUGCUGGUUGGGAGCCUAAAUUACAAUAAUGUGACCAGUUCCAUUGAAACUAGGAUACAGAAAGCGACAUCACUCGGGCGUCUCGGUACGUAAUGUUUAAAAGUAUUUCCUCGGGAUGUCAACAGCAUGUAUGGUUGUUGCACACAUGCUGUUGCAACAUAGUCGGUCAAUGUCAUGAACAAUGUCAUUAUUCAGGGGUUGGCAGUGUUUCAUUCUCCAUACCUUGUUUUACAUUUACGGAUUUAAGGCAAUUUGCUCCCAUGAAGAGACUGAAAUGUGAAACUGUAAAACAGCAGUGCGAAUAUGAAAAAAUAAGAAUUUACGGAUGUCCUUUUGAAUUAAGAUCAGCUGUGUGACGAUGCAUUCUGCGUGGGCUUGAACGGUGUUCUGAAAAUACCGGAACAACAGUUGGGUGACCGAAAAAGAACCAACCAGCCGUGUAGUAAUGUAGUAGCAAGUAAUCCAAGUAUUGCUACAGAAGAAGAGCGGUUUCUUAUCCAGCUGGUCAGCCUCUAGUUGGAAUGUCUGUGAAAGAAGCCGUAGCGAGUGGACACCAAAUCCCAUGAAGCCUUGGGAGGCUUCUCCUGCACGCGGCCACAGUACGAGUCCUGGUUCAUUCAGUUUCUAUUUGAGUGGAAACAAUAAAGUUGAACUUUGGGUUUAGCAGAUUACGGUCCUGGGCUCUGUGUCCCAAAUACACACCCCUGUUCACAAUGUUUUGUAUUGUUCCAAUUAGAACAACCAGUUCCUGACACUGCAAAUACGUCAUUCAUCUCCACUGUGUCUCUUCCUCCAGCAAUGGAAAUAUAAGACUUUUAAAUGGAUCUUGACAAUUUACAUUUCCAGAAGUGGGUUUAAAAUAAUACAACAUGAUACGGUCCAACGGGCGGGGUCAUAUUUUUGUACACACUACAUAAUAGGUGUAUAUACUUGCUGUCACAGUUGAUAUUUUCUCUUUUUAGGACCAUAUAUUAGGUGUGUAUAACAAACAUAUAAUACACUAGCAAGGUGUACCCAAUAUAGUGGCUGGUGAGUGUAUAUGCAAUAUAUACAUCCAACUCAUUAUAUUAGAUGAAAUGUUUAACUAAAAAAAAUGCAGUUUUUAAAAGGAUUUCAUUUACUUGUAUGUUUGUAAAUUGAAACCAGGCACCAUAAAUACUUUUUAGCGACACCGUGUAUACAGAUAUAUUCCCCUACACACGCAGCCCAUCUCUGAGGUUUCCAGAAACGAGGCUGAAGCUCAGAGGCGACCGAGCGUUUUCUGUCGCAGCUCCAGAACUAUGGAACGAACCGCCGCUGCACAUUAGACAGUGAGGAGCACGGUCUCAUUUUAAAACGCACCUCUUUUCUUUGGCUUUCAACACUACGUAGGUUGUUGAUUUUAUGUGCAGAUAUUUUAUCUGGGGAGGACAGUCUAUUUAUUUAUUAUGUUUAUUUUAUUGUACAGCACAUUGGGAACCUUUGUGUUCAUUUAAACUGUGCUUUAUAAAUAAAACGGAUUGGAUAUACAGAUAUAUAUAUAUUGAUAAAUCUAUCCACUACCAUAUCAAUAGUUUGUGUAAGGUAAAUGGUUACAGUUGUAUUUAUGUAUUCACAUCCAACUGAUUACCACUCACUGUGACUAAUAAGAUACUUUGUUGAAUCUUUAAUUAAACUUUGCAGUAUAAACACAGGCACUUAAACCUUU